ACCACAGGCAUGGUCACACUGGACCGAUUAUGCCCGAUUCUUGCACAUGUUUAUAUGUAUUUACAAUUGUGCAAUACAUCCAGAUAUCCCACCAUUCCGUAAAUAACUUGAAUUGAAACCUAUUAGAACAACAUGGCAGAAGGCAAGGAGCAGAAGCCGGGAGAUGGCAUCCGCUCCAUGCGUAGCACAGGGGCCUUCCGAUUGAUUAAUUUUGAACUGUAUGCGAAACCGAACAAAAUCAUCAUGGCUAUAGGACUGACGGCUGUCACCGGAGUUUUUGGAUACAUCGCCUAUAUGCGGUACAAGUACGAGAGCUUGGGAUAUUAUGUAGCCGUCCAGGAAAAUGGUCGCGAGCAGUUCAUAAAGAAAAAGUCGAAUUGGGAGAAGUAGCUGUUGGAACGCCGCAAGGAAAUAUUUGUGGAAACAUCUUUAUUUACUCGGUAGCACAAUUUGGUACAUAAAUUUGUUUUGUUGGGAGUUACUGUUUGUUUUUGCCAAAAAUUUUUAAGAAAUCACAAUAGUA